AUGUUCGGUCUACCGACCAAACAGCAGAUAAAUAAAACGCUUAGAAGAUCGAAACCGUUGAUUAAAAAGGAACAGAAUUAAAAAUUUAAACGGUCUAGAUCUCGUGGCUUUGACUCUUUUUUAGUUUGCCGUCUCUCUCUCUCUCAAUCAUUAGUAAGCGACGGAGGAGGAGGAGGAGAAGAAGAAGCUUCUGACCUCUCAAAAGAGAUCCGUGACGAGAGUUGUUGGCAGGCGGAUCUGACAUCUGUUUCAGAAUCUCUGCCUGAGCUCUUCAGUGAAUCAAUUCAAUGGGUUUAUGGGAAGCUUUCCUCAAUUGGCUUCGUAGCCUCUUCUUCAAGCAAGAAAUGGAGCUUUCUUUGAUAGGGCUUCAGAAUGCAGGAAAGACAUCACUUGUCAAUGUUGUUGCAACUGGUGGUUAUAGUGAGGACAUGAUUCCUACGGUGGGUUUUAACAUGAGGAAAGUGACAAAAGGAAAUGUUACAAUCAAGCUAUGGGAUCUUGGUGGUCAACCUAGAUUCCGCAGUAUGUGGGAACGUUAUUGCCGCGCUGUUUCCGCUAUUGUGUAUGUAGUUGAUGCUGCGGAUCCUGACAACCUAAGUGUCUCCAAAAGCGAACUCCAUGAUUUGUUGAGCAAGACUUCUCUCAACGGUAUCCCUCUUCUGGUUCUUGGGAACAAGAUCGACAAACCUGGAGCUCUCUCUAAAGAAGCCUUAACCCACGAAAUGGAGCUUCAGUCGCUUACGGAUAGAGAAGUUUGCUGUUUCAUGAUAUCUUGCAAGAACUCUACCAACAUUGAUCAGGUCAUUGAUUGGCUGGUAAAGCAUUCCAAAUCAAAGAACUAAAACUUCACACAUUCUCUCUUCUUAGUCUUCUUCAUGUAUUGUGUGCCUGCGUGACAAUGAUGAUGGUUGAAGAGUUUGUCUCUAUUUUCUUGUCUCUGCUGCUGGUCCAGUCUUGUCUCUGUAUAUUAGAUGUGGAUUGUAUUCUAUUCUAAACCAUUUGCAAUUUUGGAAACUCAAAAACAAAAAAUGUUUCAAAAGCUUUGAUUUGUUUCCUUCAAA